CGAUACGCCCAUUGAUAUGCCUACUGCAUGGAUAGGCCGAGGUGCGCACAAACCUCAUCUAAGCCGCCCAUAGACGCACACGCAUGGAGGGGACACUGCGCGUUGAAACCCACCUUCAGAGUGUGAAAAGAUAAUUGCUCACUGAGACCGUGACAAGAACCAGCCUACACCGACUCGCUCAGUUCCCAAGUUCAUGAAUAAUGUCACCCGAAGUGUUCAUAUCAAUACAUCAAAAGUCCUUUAUUUCUAUAGUACAGUGUGUAUUGAACCCUGUCGCCGAUUAUAUCAUAAAACCAGUUCGGUACGGUACAACGCUAAAAAAACAACGACUCCAAACAUCCUGAUUCGCAAUCAAGCGUUGGAAACGUAUACUACUAAAAAACACGCAGGGAUUUUACUGACCGUGAUCUUAGGGGGAAAUAACACCAGGAUAUAAAAAACAAACUCUCAAAUCCGUAACAGUUCGUGUCGACCAAGAACAGUGGACAGUGGAGUUCGGCCAAGAGAAUUGUACAAAUGCAUCGCAUUAUGUAUAAAUUGGCGCGGCUUGUCUGUUUCUUCGCAACAACUGCAGUGUUUCUAUUCAAGGGGUGUGUACCGUCGCCCGUGCACAAUCAACUUUAUAUUUUUGAUGUUGUCUUUGACGAGGACUUUCACCCACGGUCUGACAGUGCUCAUCACCGUGAGCGUCGUGGGGCUAUGACAGGGCGGGGUAAUUCUCUCGACACCUGCGCCUGUGACACGGUCAUCCCGCUACCCGAUGAUAUCCGUGCCGAGUUUCCCUUGGACCCGUUCUACCAGAAGUACACCCACGCCUAUGGUAUCCCCAUCAUAUCAUCUGAUAAUACCGGGGAUGCGGCCGUGAUUCGUGCUUGCUACACGGUAAGAUUUCUCUUAGCGGAUCGUAAGGACAUUAGGGAUUCCAUGUUUGACCAGUACGGCCGGGUUGGGGUGAUUGCUCAAUCGGAACGCACAACUGAAAUACCGGAACAUAGCCACCUGAACAGUGAUUAUUACGAUAGCCGGGCACGUGGGUUAGGCGGUAUACCUAGCAUUCCAAUAACCACGAACGCAGAAGAGAAUCUGUUGUGUCUUUUCUUACAAGAUCGCUGGUUUUUGGAGGAUGUCCUUGUCCAUGAAUUCGCACACUCAAUUCACCUCAUCUCCCUGGACAAAAUAGACCCAUCUUUUUCCGAAACCUUGGCAAGUAUCUACACCAUGGCCAAAGAGGAAAAUCUGUUUCCCAAUACGUAUGCCAUCAGCAAGAAAACAGAAUAUUUCGCAGAAGGGGUGCAGUCAUUCUUCAACGUUCAGACGUGUACCUCGUUUCAGGACGGCGUACAUAACCACAUCUGUACGCGAGACGCAUUGAUGGACUACGAUCCACGGCUGUACAAUCUCAUUGCACAGGUUUUCCCUUGCAAGAAUAUUCUCGUGGAUCGCUGUGAAACCAACCAGACGCUUGCAGCCAAUCAGGUAAUGAAAAUGAACUGCGAUAUCUCCGCCACCACCGAGGUUCCAACCACAGCUUCCACCACGAACGGAACGCAAACAACAGACGCCGGAACCACGCCCAGCGCCACGGUCGACGUCACUAGGGCGCCUACAACACCCAGCUCCACGAUCGACGUCACUACGGCACCUACAACACCCAGCUCCACAGUCGACGUCACUACGGCGCCUACAACACCCAGCUCACCGGUCGACGUCACUACGGCGCCUACAACACCCAGCUCCACAGUCGACGUCACUACGGCGCCUACAACACCCAGCUCACCGGUCGACGUCACUACGGCGCCUACAACACCCAGCUCCACAGUCGACGUCACUACGGCGCCUACAACACCCAGCUCACCGGUCGACGUCACUACGGCGCCUACAACGCCCAACUCCACGGACAGCGUUUCGGAAACAAGUGCAGUGUCCGUCACCGAAACAAGCACGGAAAAUGUCACACAAGUUGAUACAGGUUGUGAAAGUCAACCAUGCACAAAUGCCGGCGUCUGUAUUCCGUCCCUCAAUGACGGUUUCUCGUGUAAUUGCACUCAGAGCUGGACGGGUGAAACAUGCGAGUAUGAUAGGAAUGAAUGCAAGGAGAAGACAACCAUGCAGGAGUGUUCUGCCAAAGGAUUAAUGUGCAUCAAUCAAUUAGAUGGCUACACCUGUCGCUGCCCCUUUGGUGAAUACAAAACUGAAAACAUGGCCAAUUGCAAACAGGGAACGAUAUAUGGCCUGACUUUUUUAAUUAUUCAAUACGAGUCUCAUCCUGCCGAAUUCACCAACGAUCUGAACAAUUCUUCAUCUGUGGAGUUUCUGGCGCAUCAAAGACGGAUGCAAAUCGCGCUCAGCGAAGCUUUUGGCUCCCUGCCUGGAUUCAUAGACGCCAGUGUGUUAUCGUUCUUCAAUGGGAGCAUUGGUGUCGAGGCGGCGGUCACGUAUGAUUCUAUUUCUACAGUGACUCAGGACGACAUACAACAAAUCAUUUCAACAGGUACUCCUUUCAUGGGAUCGGACUACAAAGCUGAUCUUAACAAUACCAUCGUGCAACAAGUCUGUAUGGAUGGGUUUUGCUUCAAUGGUGGAACGUGUGAACUUAGCAUGGAAAUGGCAACCAGUAUCUGCGAAUGUCCGUUCGGAUUUAAUGGAGACAGGUGUGAAAUACAAACCGUCACAGUGGAGAUGACAACUGAACAAGUACCGGAUUCAUCAAACACCCUUGUGAUUGUAGUCAUGGUAAUUUCUAUGAUUGCUGUUGUGAUUUGCGUCGCAUUCAUAAUACAGUGUUUAAGAUGGCGGCGAGAACGCAAUGUUAAAUCGAUUUCGACCGGUCGCAUUGAACUAAGAGGGGUCAAGUACUUCCAAGGAUCGCAAAAAAAGGUCACAUUGUAGGCCCAUUUAUCUCUCCACGAAUAUGUAUCAAAUGAGGAAAUGAUUGAGAAAGACCAAUGGUACAAAGGUCUCAAGCACAAAGAACGUCAUGCCAUCAUUGUGUGUAUUAUAAACUUACAAACGAGGUGUCGGUGCUGUUCUAAAGUCUAAACAUUAUAGCAGAGUCUAUGUAUAUAACAUGUGAAGUUAAUUGCGGUUCUGAAGUUUUGCACUUUUUUUAAACAGGGAACUUUGAUUAUGUUUUUGUUUUUAAGUACUGAAAUUUAACUUCCGGUUUCUAACAGAAAAUAUAGGGCAUUCAGAUGAUGUCAUGAUUAUUAAUGUACCAAGUUUAGCUAUUGAGAUAUAUUGUUUUUAAAUAAUAGUAUUCAACGUCCCGUUUCGACCGGAAGUAAAGGUCAAAUAUAUAGGGCCACUCUUUGUGUAGAUUUAAACAAUACGUGUUCGUAUGAUGCAAAUCUUUUAUGUUUUUAUACAUGCAAUUUUUAACUAUUAUUUUUGAAUUAUGUUUAGUCUGGUGACUGACGACACAAAUAUUCGAAAGAGUGGAAACUUUGUGCGGUCAAUGUUAGCGUUUUGGUUUGUUGUUUGUUUGUUAUGGUAUUGGGGGUUGUGUUUGUUUGUUUGUUGAGUGUUUGUUUUGAUUUUGUUUUGUUCAGUGUGUGAGUGUUUUUGUAAAGAUAAUUCUUUCUCAAAUGUUUAUGAUAAAUGUGGUUCUUUUUAUUAGCAUUAUUUUAAUUUAAUUUUCUUGCCUUUCAUUUAUCACCCAACUGUUUGAGUUUAUUUUUAUUAUUUUGCCCCGUCAUAAUUAGUAUAUCAGUUCGAUUAUAAACAAACUAUCUGCCCAAGUCUUUUCAUUGUAAAUUUUACCUUUUAUGUAUAAUUUUAUCAAAUGUAAAGGCCCCAAGUGACCAGCUGUGCUGGAUGGGACACCCUCUGUGAAUAUGGUGUGAAAUAAUAAAUUUCAAAAUAAAUCCCAGAUGGUAUACCACAGGCCAAGUGUAAGGUAGUAAUCAUCAUCAAUUCGUAAAUAUUCUCACUUCAUUAAUGCGUAUAAAUACAACAAAAUAAAGACCAUGAA